GGUGAAUUCGGACUAGCGUCUCCUAUUACAGUCAUACAGCUGUGACUCUCUGAUAGGUCUAUCUCAUCGCAAUGUGCAGCAAGGAGGCCUCCAAUUGCAUAGGCAGCACCGCAGCCUCACCGGUGAGAUUAGUUACACUUGGCUUGUGCGAAGUACUUCAAGCUGGCCUUGCAGCUUCAUCGAACUUUCUCUCACUCCCCUUUUCAUCAAUUGAGUGUCCCCAUUGAAGUAAAGGGUUUCCCUGGGCCACCUCAUAAUCUCUCUACAAGAAAUCGGGUUGAACCCCCAACCCUUCUACAUCCCCAACUGUCACUCAAAAAGCAAACGGAUCGAUGGAUUUGAACAGAGGAACGUUCGAGCGCCAGCGAUGGAGGCGAGAAUCGCGGGAUAGAGGUCACCGAGACCGAUCGCCAUCAGUCUCAUCCACGUCUUCGGGUGACAACGAGCCCAAGCUGAACGGCAUCAAACACGUUCUGGUUAACGGCAAGAGCAAGCCUAAUGGCGUGGCCAAAGAGAAGAGCGAAGAGGACGAUGAGCCAUGUGAGCCAGGAAUGAAGAAUGGCCUCAAGCACUUUUACUCUGGCAAAGAAGACAAGAAAGGGCGCUUCCAAUGGCAGGAAGAGAUUCCUGAGGAUGUGGGCGACCCUGCCGAGAACGAGAAAACCGCGAAAUGGGCACUUCUCGUGCGAAAUGUCAAAGUCUACAACGACCCGCGCCGCGUGUUGUCCAUGCACUCAAUCGUCGUGCAGAGUCCACUCCUCAAGAAACUCCUCGUCAAGGUCCUGAAGGGCUACCCUGGAGUGACUGUUGGUCUCAAUCGUCUUGAGUUUACUGGAAAAUUCGAACCCCUCAUCCAUCGCUGGACCGAAUUGCAGGACGCCAUUGCCAAGCUUAGCGACGAAACAGAAGCGCAGCGCACAACAAAAGCACACGCGGAGCUUCUGCAGGGCAUCCUAACAAAAGAAUUCAAGAACAUGAUCGAUACUUCACAAGACAUGAAAAGUAAACGAGUCAUGACUUUCGAACAUCUUUGGACGCUUUUCCAGCCAGGAUCGGUUGUGUUCGCCCGACAAGACGGCCAGGAAACAGCCCUGUCCUUGGUGGAGACGCGCUAUGGUCAAGAUUGUAAUGGCAUACCUUGCUUCUGGGCAACUUGCAAGUACGUGGACUGGGAUGGCGCCAAGUUUGGAACCAAUAAGAUCAACUUGUCCAUUUCAAUCUACACGGGAACACGCGCUAUCACUUCCCUUCGCGUUUAUCCCCUCGAGUUCCAUCCUGAAGGCGAAACUAUCUGCACUCGCCUUAUUGAGCGCGGGGCCAAAACUGAAGAGCUUGCUGGUGCUAAUUAUCGAGCUUACCAGGGCGUCGCUUGGAGGAAGGGCCAGUUCGGCACAAAGGACAAGUACAAUGUCAAAGGUCGGAUUGUGAUCGACACAUACGGCUGGAAUCGCUUUAACCCGACGCAAUCAAUCUUUGUUGCUCCACUCAACCAGAAAGAGCCUCACUGCAAUGGAGAUGGAUACGAUUCUGAGAACGAGCAAGAAGAGGAAGAUGAUGACGAUCUCGACGGAGACGACAGCGGAAUGCCUAUCGAUGGCGCUUUCGCGGACGAAGACGACGUGGCAAAGCAUGUACCCUUGACUCCGGAGCAGAAGCUCAUUUGCUCGCCUCUGCUGCGCGGGUACAGUCUAAAGAACAAACUUUGGCUGAACUUCUUCGUCAACUGCGUCAAGGAUAUCGAAUGGCAGACUGAUGCAUUUGAUAGGCUAGUGUUGCCCAAGAACCAGAAGGAGCUGAUUCUGGGCUUCACUGAGUCCCAACGCAAGUUCCGUGACAGCUUCGACGAUGUUAUUGAAGGCAAGGGUAAAGGCAUGAUUGUUCUACUAUGCGGCCCGCCCGGUGUUGGUAAAACUCUCACUAGCGAGUCGGUUGCCGAAGAGAUGAAGGUCCCACUCUAUAUGAUGAGCGCCGGAGAUCUCGGCUUCGACCCUCGAAGGCUGGAGAGCAAUCUGCAAGACAUUCUUGAAAUGUGUAGUCGCUGGAACGCCGUUCUCUUGCUCGAUGAGGCGGAUGUCUUCCUUGAACAGCGUUCGCUUCACGAGCUCGAGCGCAACAAGUUGGUCUCCAUCUUUCUUCGCGUCUUGGAGUACUACGAGGGUACGAUGUUUCUGACCACCAACCGCGUCCAAACAUUUGAUCCGGCUUUCCAGUCACGUAUCCACAUUUCACUUGACUACCCUGGUCUUACUGUGGAAUCACGCAAGACGGUAUGGAAAAACUUUUUGGACUCUUCCUCGCAAGAACACACCAUCUCCAAGUCUCAACUCAUGGAUCUUGCACGCAUGGAUCUGAACGGUCGUCAAGUCAAAAACAUCCUCAAGAUAGCUAGGCUGCUCGCAAGUCGCAAAGAAGAAAAGCUCAGUUACGACCACAUCAUCACUACAAUGGAUGUCACUCAACAUCUCCACAACGAGACCCAAUUUAGUGAGCGCACUAAGGGUACUUUGUAUGGCUGAAUGGCACUAUAGAUGUCAUAGAACUGUCACAUGAUGAGUUGAUGGCUAUAUGUAGCUUAGAAUGGACAGUUGGGUGGCGCUGACAAAUUUUCCGGAGUCGAUGUGCGGGCGGAGGUUAUUAGAUUUCGUUUUCGACGAGUGGGCAAUGGUUCCUGGUUCCAAGUUCUGGUACUUAUGUUAAAUUCCUUUAUUCUCAAUGGUUGAUGUUAGCUUCACAUGACGUGACACUAUGGUACAAACUUAUUUUACUGAUUCACUUUUCCGUAUUUGCCUUGCUUUUGCCAAGAUCACUCACUCUCCAUACUUUCCAUAAAAAGGCUCAUCUAGGCUUAUCAGUUUCAAGAAAUAGUGUGCUAG